AUGCAGUUAGGGGAGCAGCUCUUGGUGAGCUCGGUGAACCUGCCCGGCGCGCACUUCUACCCGCUGGAGAGGGCGCGAGGCGGAGGCAGCGGGAGCGCAGGCCACCUCCCUGGCGCGGCCCCUUCGCCUCAGAGGCUGGACUUAGACAAAGCGCCCAAGAAGUUCCCUGGCAGCCUCUCGUGCGAGAGUGGGAGCGGGGAACCCACGGCCGCCAGCGCGGGGGCCCCCGCGGCCAUGCUCAGUGACGCCGACGCCGGGGACGCCUUCGCCAGCGCCGUGGCAGUGGCCAAGCCCGGGCCCCCGGACGGCCGCAAGGGCUCCCCCUGUGGGGAGGAGGAGCUGCCCUCAGCCGCUGCCGCCGCCGCGGCCGCAGCCGCCGCCGCCGCCGCCACCGCGCGCUACUCGAUGGACAGCCUGAGCUCGGAGCGCUACUACCUCCAGUCCCCCGGGCCUCAGGGCUCCGAGCUGGCCGCGCCCUGCUCGCUCUUCCCCUACCAGGCGGCGGCAGGGGCGCCCCACGGCUCCGUGUACCCUGCUCCCAACGGGGCGCGCUACCCCUACGGCUCCAUGCUGCCCCCCGGCGGCUUCCCCGCGGCUGUGUGCCCACCUGGGAGGGCACAGUUUGGCCCGGGAGCCGGCGCGAGUAGCGGCGCGGGCGGCGGCGGCGGGGCAGGGGGCCCGGGGGCCUAUCAGUACAGCCAGGGGGCUCCGCUCUAUGGGCCGUACCCUGGGGCGGCAGCUGCCGGUUCCUGCGGAGGAUUGGGGGCGUUGGGGGUUCCUGGUUCCGGCUUUCGUGCCCACGUCUACCUGUGCAACCGGCCUCUGUGGCUCAAAUUCCACCGCCACCAAACCGAGAUGAUCAUUACGAAACAGGGCAGGCGCAUGUUUCCUUUUUUGAGCUUCAACAUAAAUGGACUCAAUCCCACGGCCCACUACAACGUGUUUGUAGAGGUGGUGCUGGCGGACCCCAACCACUGGCGAUUCCAGGGGGGCAAGUGGGUGACCUGCGGCAAAGCGGACAAUAACAUGCAGGGCAACAAAAUGUAUGUUCACCCGGAGUCUCCUAAUACUGGUUCCCACUGGAUGAGACAGGAGAUUUCCUUUGGGAAAUUAAAACUCACCAAUAACAAAGGCGCAAAUAACAACAACACCCAGAUGAUAGUGUUGCAGUCUUUACACAAGUACCAACCCCGACUGCACAUUGUUGAGGUGACAGAGGAUGGCGUGGAGGACCUGAACGAGCCCUCAAAGACUCAGACCUUUACCUUCUCGGAAACGCAGUUCAUUGCGGUCACUGCCUACCAAAACACCGAUAUAACUCAACUAAAGAUUGAUCAUAACCCCUUUGCAAAAGGCUUCAGAGACAACUAUGAUUCAUCCCAUCAGAUUGUCCCUGGAGGUCGGUACGGCGUUCAGUCCUUCUUCCCGGAGCCCUUUGUCAACACUUUACCUCAAGCCCGAUAUUAUAAUGGCGAGAGAACCGUGCCACAGACCAAUGGGCUCCUUUCACCCCAACAGAACGAAGAGGUGGUCAACCCUCCCCAGCGGUGGCUUGUCACGCCUGUCCAGCAACCUGGGACCAACAAACUAGACAUCGGUUCCUAUGAGUCUGAAUAUACUUCCAGCACCUUGCUCCCAUAUGGUAUUAAAUCCUUGCCCCUCCAGACGUCCCACGCCCUGGGCUAUUACCCUGACCCAACCUUCCCUGCCAUGGCAGGGUGGGGAGGUCGAGGCUCUUACCAGAGGAAGAUGGCUGCUGGACUCCCAUGGACCUCCAGAACAAGCCCCCCUGUGUUCUCUGAGGAUCAGCUCUCCAAGGAGAAAGUCAAAGAAGAAAUCAGCUCUUCUUGGAUAGAGACCCCCCCUUCCAUCAAGUCUCUGGAUUCCAACGAUUCGGGGGUAUACACCAGUGCUUGUAAGCGACGGCGGCUGUCUCCCAGCACCUCUAGUAAUGAAAAUUCUCCCUCCAUAAAGUGUGAGGACAUUAAUUCUGAAGAGUACAGUAAAGACACGUCAAAAGGCAUGGGGGGGUAUUAUGCUUUUUACACAACUCCCUAAAGAGUUAUUUUAACUUCGUCAAAAUGAGCUAACUUUUUGCAGAUGGACUUGGUGGUGUUUUUUGUUGUCUUCUUUGCCUAGGUUUGCCAAAAAGACGUUUGCAUUCCACCUUGAUGCAUCCCGUUUUGUGCAAUCCUCUAAAAGAAGGUGCCAAAGCUUUUUAAUUGCUGCAGGUAACUGAAACAAGCCUCGCAUUUUUUUGUUUUUUAAAUAAAAUUAAUGAAGGACUUUAAAGCGUUUUAAAAAUUCGAAGGUUAUUCAAGGUUUUGGAUUUAUUUAUUGGAGGCACUAAUCAUUCAGAGAAUUGGGCUGUGAAGAUUCGGAGUGCUGAGCGCUAGCCAAUGAGUUGAAAGAUCUGGUUCUCAUUCCUAUGUGUAAAUCUGUAAGCAAAGAGAAUCCCGGAGUGGCAAGGUGUUUUGCUUCUGGAAGAGAAGGGCUGGGCCUUAAGCUUCAACAGGGGACUUUUUGCUGUUACUUUCUGCUAGGGACAAAAAAUAGCUAGGCCUGGGAGGUGAGAAAAACCUUAUGUGAAGGUGCUGGCUUUACCUGACUUUGAUUCCUCCUAGGCUUUCGAAGCAAGCCAUGUUUGGCCCUAGUUCAGGACUGUGUCACAGGCUAGGCCUCUGCUGUGGGCUGGGGUGGCUAGUAGGACUCAGGAGAAGGGCGGGGAAGGGAGU